AUGAAUAAGCUUAUUAAACCUGAAUCAAGAGUUCAACGCAACAUUCGUAUAGUAAUGACGAAUAUUAAGGAGGAACAAAAAUAAAAAGGUAUCCUAGUAUUUUAAAUUUUAAUAAGUUGUAAAAUAUUUUAGUCAUCUUAAGGAAGAAGGUGAAUUAGCUAAACCUAGAUAUGCUCAUUCAUAAUUUCCUUAAUAGAAAUUUAAUUAAAGUGUUGCAGAACCUAGUCUCAUUGAUUUUUAACUUGACAAUUAAAAUUUGAAAGUAAGUAAAGUGGGAACUCUAGUGGAACCCAUGAUUCCAAUAUUAGAAGUUUCUAAUAAACCUAUAAUUAAGAAAUUCAAAGUUCUAAAACAUCCAGUAUUCUUAACAGAAAAUAUAAUAAACACAAUAAAGCCAGUCGAAAGAAGUUGUGAAUUACCUAUAUCAAUAAAAAGAAGCACUAAAUAAUAAAUGAUGAAUAAAGAAAUUCUACAUCGUUUAGGAUUAUUGAGUGUUCAAGCAAAGAGGGAACUUCAAAUUGAAAAACUAAGCAACAGAGUUCUCAAGGUUUAAAGAAACAAAGAGACAUCUUCAUUAAAUCAUAAAUAACUAGAAGCAAUUACACUUUAAUUGAAAGAAAAUGAUAAAUAAGAAUAAAUUUAAUCUGCUCAAAGAUGUACUACUUCAGCAUCUGGUGCAUCUAGAAAAGCCUAUGAUUUAUAGGAUGAGUAUUUGGUUGAUUGUCUAACUGAAAGACUUAAUUUGGUAUACAGUGUUUAAACCUUUAAAAAUAGGCCUUAGACAAGAAUUACUAAAAGAAAAAUUCACAAUUUUUUUAAAACAGUAACCAUGGCGCAUUUAGAUAAUUUAGAUGAAAUUAAGAAAGAUGAUCAAAGCAUUUAGAUAUAAAUUAAAUCUAUUAAAGAAAGUUUAUAAUUAUGUAAGAGACGACUUUUAGAUUAUAAUGAUGAAAUAGAAAUAGCUCUUACAGAAGAUAUUAAAGGAUAAGUCAUUGAAUAUAAAAACAUUAUUAAAAAUAAAAAAAAAUGAC